AUGAGACUCCUUACCUACCUCCUUCUCACCAUCUACGCCACCAGCGCCGUAUCCACCGACCUCAGUGUCGAAGAAGAGUGCGGCUCCCUCGGAGUAAUGAAAGUCGACCCAGCCGAUCUUCCCGAAGGAGUCACUCUCGCGGAUGUGCGCAAGUGCGCAGACCAUCCGCUGGGACAUCUGCCGCACCCCGGGGCUGCUACAGGUGGCUGGCAUCAUCCACCGUCACCCGAUCCCCCAGCGUCACCAAGUCCGGCUCGGGAUGCCCCUCCCGCCAAAAGACUCCUCGAUGAGGAUAUCGAUGGUGCGCUGGAUCUGCCAGCGCUGGCAAUAGCUCCUGCGGUCAUCGAGAUAGGAGCCAUUCCGCCGCAGCAAUGCACCCGAGCCCACCAUCGUGCGCGUUCCAAUGUUUACCCUCGGAAGCCCCACAGAUCGGUCCCCCAGCAUGGCCCCAUCUUUGAUGACAAUGGGCUUCCUGCCCAGCCUGUCCACCGUGCCCAGGCACGACCGAUUGCCAAACACCACAUCGUUCCCAAUAUCCAUUAG